CAUUUGUUUCCCACUUAUUUUUCUUUGGUAUCCAGGGACAAUCAGACCAGACAAAUACAAGAUGCCGUUUCAAAUGUGGAAAAACAUUUUGGUGAAUUGUGCCAGAUAUUUGCUGGAUAUGUACGUAAAACUGCCAGACUACGAGACAAAGCAGAUCUUCUAGUAAAUGAAAUAUAUGCAUAUGCAGCUACAGAGACACCAAACUUAAAAGUUGGACUGAAAAACUUUGCAGAUGAAUUUUCCAGACUUCAGGAUUAUCGCCAGGCAGAGGUUGACAGGCUUGAAGCUAAGGUCGUUGAACCUCUGAAAAGUUAUGGGACCAUAGUGAAACUUAAAAGGGAUGAUCUUAAAGCAACUUUAACAGCAAAGAACCGAGAAGCCAAGCAAUUAUCGCAACUGGAAAAGACACGUCAGCGAAAUCCAUCAGAUCGACACAUUAUUUCACAGGCUGAAAGUGAAUUGCAGAGAGCUUCACUGGAUGCAACUCGAACAACUCGGCAAUUAGAGGAAACCAUUGAUAAUUUUGAGAAACAGAAAAUAAAGGACAUAAAA